AUGCUCAUGGACCCCGGUACACUCGCUGCAUUCUUAGCUUCGGGUACCUACAAUGAAUUGGGUCUGAAGACCCAUGAAUUGGGUCUGAAGACCCAUGAAUUGGGUCUGAAGACCCAUGAAUUGGGUCUGAAGACCCAUGAAUUGGGUCUGAAGACCCAUGAAUUGGGUCUGAAGACCCAUGAAUUGGGUCUGAAGACCCAUGAAGUGGGUCUGAAGACCCAUGAAUUGGGUCUGAAGACCCAUGAAUUGGGUCUGAAGACCCAUGAAUUGGGUCUGAAGACCCAUGAAUUGGGUCUGAAGACCCAUGAAGUGGGUCUGAAGACCCAUGAAUUGGGUCUGAAGACCCAUGAAUUGGGUCUGAAGACCCAUGAAUUGGGUCUGAAGACCCAUGAAUUGGGUCUGAAGACCCAUGAAUUGGGUCUGAAGACCCAUGAAUUGGGUCUGAAGACCCAUGAAUUGGGUCUGAAGACCCAUGAAUUGGGUCUGAAGACCCAUGAAUUGGGUCUGAAGACCCAUGAAUUGGGUCUGAAGACCCAUGAAUUGGGUCUGAAGACCCAUGAAUUGGGUCUGAAGACCCAUGAAUUGGGUCUGAAGACCCAUGAAUUGGGUCUGAAGACCCAUGAAUUGGGUCUGAAGACCCAUGAAUUGGGUCUGAAGACCCAUGAAUUGGGUCUGAAGACCCAUGAAUUGGGUCUGAAGACCCAUGAAUUGGGUCUGAAGACCCAUGAAUUGGGUCUGAAGACCCAUGAAUUGGGUCUGAAGACCCAUGAAUUGGGUCUGAAGACCCAUGAAUUGGGUCUGAAGACCCAUGAAUUGGGUCUGAAGACCCAUGAAUUGGGUCUGAAGACCCAUGAAUUGGGUCUGAAGACCCAUGAAUUGGGUCUGAAGACCCAUGAAUUGGGUCUGAAGACCCAUGAAUUGGGUCUGAAGACCCAUGAAUUGGGUCUGAAGACCCAUGAAUUGGGUCUGAAGACCCAUGAAUUGGGUCUGAAGACCCAUGAAUUGGGUCUGAAGACCCAUGAAUUGGGUCUGAAGACCCAUGAAUUGGGUCUGAAGACCCAUGAAUUGGGUCUGAAGACCCAUGAAUUGGGUCUGAAGACCCAUGAAUUGGGUCUGAAGACCCAUGAAUUGGGUCUGAAGACCCAUGAAUUGGGUCUGAAGACCCAUGAAUUGGGUCUGAAGACCCAUGAAUUGGGUCUGAAGACCCAUGAAUUGGGUCUGAAGACCCAUGAAUUGGGUCUGAAGACCCAUGAAUUGGGUCUGAAGACCCAUGAAUUGGGUCUGAAGACCCAUGAAUUGGGUCUGAAGACCCAUGAAUUGGGUCUGAAGACCCAUGAAUUGGGUCUGAAGACCCAUGAAUUGGGUCUGAAGACCCAUGAAUUGGGUCUGAAGACCCAUGAAUUGGGUCUGAAGACCCAUGAAUUGGGUCUGAAGACCCAUGAAUUGGGUCUGAAGACCCAUGAAUUGGGUCUGAAGACCCAUGAAUUGGGUCUGAAGACCCAUGAAUUGGGUCUGAAGACCCAUGAAUUGGGUCUGAAGACCCAUGAAUUGGGUCUGAAGACCCAUGAAUUGGGUCUGAAGACCCAUGAAUUGGGUCUGAAGACCCAUGAAUUGGGUCUGAAGACCCAUGAAUUGGGUCUGAAGACCCAUGAAUUGGGUCUGAAGACCCAUGAAUUGGGUCUGAAGACCCAUGAAUUGGGUCUGAAGACCCAUGAAUUGGGUCUGAAGACCCAUGAAUUGGGUCUGAAGACCCAUGAAUUGGGUCUGAAGACCCAUUGA